UGGUGGUUGGUGGUCGGUGCGGGGCCGAGGCUCUAGGCACCGUCCGAAGCGGUUGAAUCUGGUUCUUCGUCGGGUCCUGUCAUAGGGGCAGCGCGGGAGGGAGGAGGAGGAACGAGUCCUGCCGCUUCCUCCUCCGACAAGACACACGAUGAACACACUCAUACAAGAUACAGCUAGCUGAACAGCUAUAAAAUGCCCAAAUUUGGGUCUACAAAAGCAGUUCAGAUUGAAAAUUCUGACAGUGAUAGCACCAUGGUGGAGAAACCAACUGGAAGAAAGUAUACUUUUUGUUUCUAUCAGAGCAAGGACAAGAUUGCAUCGUACAACAAAACUCCAAAAGUGGAUAGGAAUGAUGUGGGGAAGGAGAUGAAAGAAAAGUCUUCCAUGAAACGUAAACUUCCUUUUACUGUUAGUCCAUCCAGAAAUGAAGAUCGAAAUUCAGACACAGAUUCAGAUCCAGGACAUACACAUGAAAACUGGGGGGAGAGAUUAAUACCUUCUUACAGGACAUAUUCAGAGAAAGAAGGCCCAGAGAAGAAGAAAAUGAAAAAGGAAACUGGAAGUAAGAAGUCGACUCCAGUUAGCAUUCUUUUUGGUUAUCCGCUUUCGGAGCGCAAACAGAUGGCCCUUCUUAUGCAGAUGACAGCUAGAGACAACAGUCCAGAUUCCAACCUGCAUCAGCCUUUACAGACAACACCAACACAAAAGAAAACACCAAGCUCCUCAUCAAGACAAAAAGACAAAGUUAAUAAAAGAAAUGAAAGAGGAGAAACUCCUUUACAUAUGGCAGCCAUCCGAGGGGAUGUUAAACAAGUUAAAGAAUUAAUCAGCCUAGGUGCAAAUGUGAAUGUAAAAGAUUUUGCAGGUUGGACUCCACUUCAUGAAGCUUGUAAUGUUGGUUAUUAUGAUGUUGCUAAGGUUCUGAUAGCAGCAGGAGCAGAUGUGAACACACAAGGACUGGAUGAUGAUACUCCACUUCAUGAUUCUGCUAGCAGUGGGCAUAGAGAUAUUGUGAAGCUGCUGCUUCGACAUGGUGGAAAUCCAUUUCAGGCCAACAAACAUGGGGAGAGACCAGUUGAUGUAGCAGAAACAGAAGAACUGGAACUGCUACUGAAAAAGGAGGUGCCUAUUUCUGAUGAUGAAGACAGUUGCUCAGAUUUUGAAGAAGCUCCAUCUGUAAAUCCUUCCAGUGUAGAUGGGAAUGUUGAUUCUGAAGCAGAAAAAGAAUCUCUAGUCGUUGACAGCAAGCAGAUGGUCCCUAGUAAAGCACUGCUUUCAACUGCUCUUGAUGAAUAUGAGUUUAAAGAUGAUGAGGAAGAUGAAAUAAAAAUGAUUGAUGACAAACGUAUUCUUAGAAAGGAUCUAAGAAAAGAGGAUGAGUCUGAAAUAGAAAAGAAUAAUUUAUUUGUGAAACAGGAAAAAGUUGUUUUUCCAAAAUCAUUUAAAAGUAAAAAACCAUCUAGAGUUUUGUACUCAAGUUCUGAAAGUUCAGAUGAAGAAAUUCUUCAAGAUAAGAAGACUGUUUCUCCUCCUUGUUCUAUCACAGAAACUGCAAACUCUGAUAUAAGAACGAAAAAAGAAUAUAUUGUCUCAAAUGACCACAAGCAAAAAGGGAAAGUUAAAAGGAAGCUAAAAAAUCAGAGCAAAAAUAAAGAGAAUCAAGAAUUAAAGCAAGAAAAGGAAAAUACUAGAGUGACGAAUGUAGUUAGUUCUGGACUAGAUUCUUUAGACAAAGCUAGAGAGGAGGAGAUGUUUAAAAAAUCUUUUAGCCCGAAAGAAGAGUCGUCUUUACCCUUAUUUCAUAUUACUGCUAGCAAAUCUCCUAAACAUCCUUGUGGAUUAAGUGAAAAGCAGUCAACACCACAAAAGCAAGAAAACACUAAAACAUGCUUAUCACCAGGAGGUUCUGAAAUAUCAUUACAAUCUGAAGUAGUUAGGUAUGAUCAUAAUACAGAUUCUGAAUAUCUAGUGGAAAGCUCUAGUGGCAAAUCUUGCAAACACAAAGAAAAAAGCAAGCAUCAGAAAGAUUUGCAUUUAGAAUUGAGUGAAAAAUCUAGUCCUAAAAUUAAAGAGGAAGAAAAUAGUUCAGCCUUUGAGAAUUCAGAAUGUAUGCUGAAAAAAAUCGACAAGGAAGGUAAAACACUUAAAAAGCAUAAACUGAAGCAUAAAGAAAGAGAAAAGGACAAGCACAAAAAAGAACAGGAUGGGGAAAAGGAAAAACACAAACACAAAGAUAGUGCAAAAGAGGUACAAAGAAAUAUUGAGUUUGAUAGAGAAUUUUGGAAAGAGAACUUUUUUAAAAGUGAUGAAACUGAAGAUAUAUUAAAUAUGGACCAUGAAUCUCUUCCUUCAGAGAGAAAAUCAAAGCUGGAAAAAAGUAUGGUGAAAGAAGAUAAAUCAGUAAAAGAGAAACACAUCCAGAAAGAGAGAAGUAUUAAAGAUGAGAGAGAAAAAGAAAAAAACCGAAAGGAAAAUGAGAAAUUAUUUAAGGAUGAAAAAGUGAAAGAUAAAAAAGAAGAAAAAGAGAACAUAUUCACAGAUAAAGAAACAGAAUUGUUCUGUUCAGCUGUAGGUACUAAAGAUGAGCCAGCUAGUAUGCAUUUAGUAGAAAAAGAAGCAGAUACUGAAAAGCAGGAAAAAAACAUCAGAGAAAAAGCUGAGAGGCGAACCUCAGUUAAAGAAAAGGACAUUGAGAAGGUAGAAAGAAAAAAUGUAGAUAAAGAGAAAAAGAUAAAACAUGACUAUAAGCCAGAGAGAGAGAAAGCAGAGCUAAAUGAAAGUAUAGACAAAGCAAAGGAAAAAACAAAUUCCCAGCAAGUAGAUAAAUGUUAUAAAGAAAAUGAUAAGAUAAAAAAUGUUAGUACUAUUAAAAAACUUGAUGACAAAGAAAGAAACAAAGAAAAAGUUGAUAAAAAACAUGACAAAGAAAAGAUUGACAAAGACAGACACCUGCCUGAAAGCAAAGAAAAAUAUUGCAUUGAGAGAAGGGUCAAGCUAUCAGAAAAAGAAAGUGAGUAUAGUAAACCAGAAAAAGGCAAAAAUAAAGACAAAGAAAAGGAGGCUGAGAAAAAGGAAAAGUCCAGAGAUAAAGACAGCUUAACAGUAGCAAACUCAAAGCACAUGCAAGAAGAGAGGAAAUGUAAUAUUACAGAUAGUAGUAAAGCAUUGCAUGAAAAAUUAUUGUCCUUGAAAGAGAAACCAAAAGAUGAAUUGCUGAAAACUCCAGAUGGUAGAGAGAAAGAUAAAAAGGAUAAAGACAUAGAUCGAUACAAAGAACGAGACAAACACAAAGAUAAAAUGCAGCAAAAUAAUUUUCCUAAACUAAAACUUGAAUCUGAAAAACUUAAGCCUAAACCAUCAUCAGCACCAAAAGAUACUCGACCUAAAGAAAAGAGAUUAGUGAAUGAUGAUUUAAUGCAAACUAGUUUCGAAAGAAUGCUUAGCCUUAAAGAUCUGGAAAUUGAACAGUGGCAUAGGAAACAUAAAGAAAAAAUAAAACAAAAAGAGAAGGAAAGAUUAAGGAAUCGGUCCUGUUUAGAACUUAACAAGAUAAAAGAUAAAGAAAAAACAAAACAUUCACUAACUGAAUCAAAAAACAAAGAGCUGAUUCGUUCAAAAAGCUCAGAAUUGUCAGACAUUUACAUGAAAGAGAAGCAGCUGAAGGAUGCUACAAGUAGUAGAUCCCAAUCUGUAGACAUAAAGAACGUAACAAAUUCUGGAAAGUCAUUAUUAGUUUUAGAUAACAACUUAAAUAGAUCUCCUAGAUCAGAAAGUGAAAAGACAGGUCUAAGCUCCAGGUCAGUGUCAAUGGUUUCAGUUGCUAGUUCAGAAGAUUCUUGCCAUACUACAGUAGUAACUACUCCAAGACCCAUAAUUGAAUAUGAUUCAGACUUUAUGCUAGAAGGUUCUGAUUCCCAAAUGUCCUUUUCACAAUCACCAUUUUUGGCCAAAUCUCCGGCCCUUCUUGAAAGGGAGACUGAUAGCCUAGCAGAGUUGCCAGAGCGCAUUAAACCUCCUUUUGCAAACAGACUUCCACCAGCCUAUAUUAGAUCAGCUUCUGUUGAAGAUGUUAAAGUGGUUUUAAAUGACUGUAGACCUGUUGUAGAAGUGCGAAGAUGCAGUAUGCCUUGUGUUAUUUCUGAAAACACAAAACAGCCUCGAACAUCUGAAGAAAAUACUCAGAGUGCUCUACUAGUAGUUCCAAGUCAUACUUGCACUUCUCCCAAACCAGAAGUAUCUUCUUGUAGUUUGCCUGAAAGGGAUUUUCAAAGUAGUAUGUCUGGUUUACAUUCCAAUUUUACAUCUUCUCCAACUAAAACUGGUAGCAACAAGCAUGUUACACUGGAUACAAAUGUUGUUAAAAAUACUGCUCAGCUGAGCCCUUCCGAAGAAAUUCAUAUGCAUCUAGAGCCAUAUAGUCAAAGUGGUCUGAAUCAGCUACCUAAACCAUGGGAUGUGCCUUUUGACAGACUUAAUUCAUUAAGUAAUGGAUCCAACUGCUCAGGUUAUGGAACGUCAGAGCAAGAUACUAGCACUGUCAUAGCAUUGCAUGAUUCUGAAAACAGGACAUUAAAAGAGCAGAAACUGUCUGAAUUUUUACCUCAACACACUGAAAUUAUGGGAAAUUCCAGUUUUCAGGAAUCUACAUCAUUUUUGCCUCCCCAGUCACCCUGCUCUACAUCUUUUUUGCCUUCACAGUCACCCUGCUCUUUGCAUAUCCAGCCACUCCCAGAUAUAGAGUGUAUGUCUAAACACACAUCUUUACCAGGUAUUAGCAAUCAAGAGCCAAUAUUUGUACAACAGCAACAAAAUCUAGUUAAAACUACCAGUUCUGUUUUGGACACAGACACAAAUAAUACAAGAGAAGCUGAAAACACUUUGUUCCCAUCAAAUAUUAAAAAGGCCAAUCUGCUUAUCACUGUAUAUCCUGAAAGUGUCACUAAGGGUAUUUCACAGAAUUUUGGAAGAGCUAAUACUCUAUCUACAUUACUGUCAGAAAAGGAUUUUACUGCAGAUGAUGCUUGUUCACAACUAAAUACAAAUUCUUAUGCGUUGAGUAAAAUUAUUUACAAGAAUUCUCAUGCUGAUGAAGUAGAUAGUAGCACAGCUAACACUCAAGAAAUCCAAAAUGAAAAAGCCCAACUAGAAAAUUUGGUUUCAGCACAUUUAGAUAAUAGUAGAGCUGACACUGAUCUAUGUGAACUAAAUGCAGGACUACCAAAAGGAAUUAUAAAUGAAUCAGCUAAUAAAAAUAGUUGCACUAUAGAUGGCGGAGAAAAUAUUUCAACACAUGACCCGCCACAGUACCCAUUGUCCAAUUUGGAAGAUAAUUCACAGCAGACUGCACAAGAAAUAGUACAUAAAUACAGUCAGACGGUUAAACUAGAAGUAGAAGAAACUGUUGAGGAUAAUAAAACAGAACAGCAAGAAGUUCCUCAAAGAAUUACUAGAAAUAGAGCAAAUAUGCUUGCUAGUCAGAGUAAACAGAAUUCUAUUGGUUGCACACAAACAUCAGAAAAAGACUCUGAAUCAGCUGCAUCUAUGAAAGGAAGGAUAAGAUUAAUUGAGGAAGAUGAUGCUCAAGUACACCAUCCACGCAAAAGAAAGGUGUCACGUGUGCCUCAGCCUGUACAAGUGAAUCCCUCUUUACUGCAAGCUAAGGAGAAAACCCAGCAGUCUCUGGCAGCUAUUGUAGAUUCUCUGAAACUCGAAGAGAUUCAGCCAUACAGUUCAGAGAGAGCAAAUCCAUAUUUUGAAUACUUGCAUAUAAGGCGAAAAAUAGAAGAGAAACGUAAAUUAUUGUGUAGUGUUAUUCCUCAGGCACCUCAGUAUUAUGAUGAAUAUGUGACCUUCAAUGGAUCAUACCUACUGGAUGGCAACCCCUUGAGCAAGAUAUGCAUUCCAACUAUUACACCACCACCAUCACUGACAGAUCCACUUAAAGAACUUUUUAGACAACAGGAAGUUGUAAGGAUGAAAUUGCGUUUACAGCACAGUAUUGAAAGGGAAAAACUUAUUGUAUCUAACGAACAAGAAGUUCUGCGUGUCCAUUAUCGAGCUGCAAGAACUUUAGCUAAUCAGACAUUACCAUUCAGUGCCUGCACCGUACUGCUGGAUGCUGAAGUAUAUAAUGUGCCCCUGGACUCGCAGGCGGAUGACAGUAAAACAUCAGUUAGGGAUCGAUUUAAUGCAAGGCAGUUCAUGUCAUGGCUACAAGAUGUAGAUGAUAAAUUUGACAAAUUAAAGACAUGCCUUUUGAUGAGGCAACAGCAUGAAGCAGCAGCUUUAAAUGCUGUACAGAGACUGGAAUGGCAGCUUAAACUACAAGAACUUGAUCCUGCUACAUACAAAUCUAUCAGCAUUUAUGAAAUUCAGGAGUUUUAUGUUCCUCUUGUUGAUGUUAAUGAUGAUUUUGAAUUGACACCUAUAUGACAGCUGGCUGUCUCUUUCAAUGGAGACAGCCUGAGAGAAAUGGACAGCAAUGGGCAGAAAUGUAUGCAUCUCUUGAGGUAUAGCACUUAAUUCUGUGGAAUAUCUCCUUGCCCAAUAAUUGAGGUAUUCUUUCAGAUAAAUAGUUCACAAAGGCUUGUUAAAUAUGGUAAAUGGAUGAUAGUAAAUACUGUUUCAUUUAGUGAUAAAUGACAAUUAUAUUGGAUGGUAGUUCCAAAAAGCAGUUUCCCAGUAAAUGCCAUUAUUUAUAUUUUAAAAGUUAACUACAAUUUUAGAGGAUAUUCAUUGAAAAGAUGACAAGAUACAGUGAGUUAACAGCGCUGGAAGUUGUUAACAAGUUACAUAACCACUGAAAAGCAUUUGAUAUUUAAUAAAGCCUGCUUUAAAGCUUUGUAUUAUGAAACUUCAGUAACAGUUGAACUCCCAUAGAAAAACGAUGACAGUCUGUGGAAGAAAUACAAGAUUUGGAAGGAAAAAAGUCUGGUCAUUUUAUUAUAUUUGUAAAUUUGUACAGUUUUCUUUUGGAAAAGAUGUAAUAUUGUCAUUUUUAAAUAACUUAUUUUAUACAUAUUGUGAAAAUGUAAAUAGUCUUGUAAUUAAUGUUGAAAACAUGUACAAAAAUAGAUAUUUUAACUGUAAAACUGUUUUGUCUAAUGUUUUAUUGGACCAAAGUUGUAGUUUUUAUUAAGUGUAGUGUAUUUCUGGUUGGCAGUUCUUUUAGUAAGGCAUGUGUUUGAUUUAGCUGCUUGUUUCAUCACCAUAACUGUAAAAGAUUUGAAACUGAAUGGUGUUGCAUGCUUCACUCAACUUAACUCCCUUACUUCAGUAACUGAUACCUAAAUAAUUGUAAUAUUUACAAAACCACAUUUCAUAUUAGUCUGCUAUUGUAAUGCCCUACCUAUGACUUACUAUGACAAAAAUAUUUUUGUUUAAACUAAAACACCUUUUGCUCUUAUAUGGUGGUCUCACAAUAGAGCCUAUUUUUUUCCCAACAAAAUGCCUUUGAAUGAAAAUUCUUAAAUUGUACAUUGUCUAUUUUAAUAUUUACCUAUGGAAGGAUAUGUAAAUAGUUGUAAAUAUGUUUAAUAAAUUUUAUUGGUCAUGUUAACAAA